AUUACGUCACCCUGCAUCCGAACGGAUCAGUCGCAGCCAUUUUCCUCCCCGAAAUAAACUUCGAUCUUCAGAAAAACACACAAGAGAUUUCCGCAGACACUGGCGGCUGUCUGGCAGUGAACAGGAGCUCAAACGGCGUGGAAUUUCAAGCCUUCGCAAUCCGGUUUGUUUCCAUGGCUUAGAGAGGCUGCUGACAGCAACCAGACCUAGACGAGUCUCUGUUUGUCUCUUCUCUGCCACUAGAGGUAUCGCCGAGACGAUCCUAAGGGACGGAAACCCACAACUGUUGUUUUGCCCCCCGACCCUCCCCGUCUCCUCCUGAGCCAGGAUGGAGACCCAGGCAUCCCAGGGGCUGCUGGGAGCAGGAGGGGAUUGUGGGAUGUUGAGUCUGCUGGUGCCCAGUCCCCAGAGCGAGGCGGUGACCCAUGAGAUGGAGGAGCUGUCGCUGCAGCCCACACAGAACCUGCCUCCGCUCAAUGAACGCAAGAACGUUCUGCAGUUGAGGCUACAGCAGCGGCGAACCCGGGAGCAGCUGGUGGACCAGGGCAUCAUGCCACCUCUGAAGAGCCCAGCCGCUUUCCAUGGGCAGAUCCGCAGCUUGGAAAGAGCCAGGACAGAGAAUUUCCUGAAACAUAAGAUCCGCAGUCGUCCAGAGAGAGCAGAGCUGGUCAGGAUGCACAUCCUCCAAGAAACGGGAGCAGAGCCGUCCCUACAAGCCACCCAAAUGAAACUAAAGAGGGCCAGACUGGCUGACAACCUGAACGAGAAGAUCGCCCAGCGCCCCGGUCCCAUGGAGCUGGUGGAGAAAAACAUCCUGCCGGUGGACUCUAGCCUCAAAGAGGCCAUCAUCGUGGGGCAGGUGAACUACCCCAAGGUGUUGGAUGAGGACAGUGGCGACGCCCUGUCCCCAGAGCAGCCAGCCAGCCAGGAGUCCCAGAGUUCAGUGCCCUCACCUGGGGAGAACAGGGCACCCGAGACCCCCUCUCCAGUUCCAGCACUGCCACUGCUCCCCAACACUGCCCUGCAGGCCCCUCCAGUUGUUUCACAUGCAGCUACAGAUUUUCUGAAAGUGCUGUCCACUAAUGAGCAGCCUGCCAGCCGCCCAGCUACCACCCUGGCUCAUCCAAUCACCACAGUCACUCCCUCAAAACCAGGCCCAACAUUGGUCAAACAAAGCCAGCCAAAGCAGCCCUCAGAAAAGAGUCGCAGUAAGAAGGGCAAGGAUCCCAAACCCAGGGUGAAGAAGCUGAAGUACCACCAGUAUGUUCCCCCUGACCAGAAGCAGGACGCCAGCGAGGCUCCCAUGGACUCAUCCUAUGCUCGACUACUGCAGCAGCAGCAGCUGUUUCUCCAGCUGCAGAUCCUUAGCCAGCAGCAGCAGCACUACAACUACCAGACUAUAUUACCUGCACCACUCAAACCUGUGGCAGAAGGUCAGAGCAGCAGUGCCAGCAGCCUCCCAACAUCCAUCAUGGUUUCCCUGCCCACGGCUCCUCCUCCUCCUCCUCUGCCUCCGGCCCCGACCCCGGCUCGGCCCAACAACUCUCUGUCCAACCGCAAGCCAGGGAUCCUGCCUGCCAACCUGGAAGAGAUGAAGGUGGCUGAGCUAAAAAUGGAGCUGAAGCUGCGAGGCCUACCUGUGUCUGGAACAAAGACUGACCUGAUAGAGAGACUUAAGCCCUUUCAGGACAGUCCCAGCACCUCUACUCAUACCCCCACCCCUGCCUCUGCUCCUUCCACCCUCUCCUCCAUCCCCAUGGAGGUGACUACCACCAACACUACUCCUGCUGUGCUCUUCUCUGCCCAGCAGGGGGCUCCAGAGAGCAUGAGCUCCACUCCACCAGUCUCACCCAUUCCCUCUGAGCCCUCCACACUCCAGCAGGACAUAGGGAUGACUGAGGCUCCGUCUGACCCACAGACGAUGAACCCACCACUCCCCCCUCCUGAAGUCCCAGAGGAAAAGGACAGGAGGCUCCAUGAGAAAGAGCGGCAGAUCGAAGAGCUGAUGAGGAAGCUGGAGCAGGAGCAAAAGCUUGUGGAGGAGCUGAAGAUGCAGCUUGAGGUAGAGAAGAGGGGCCAAGGAGGUCCCACCCCUGACCCUAUGUCUGUUUCCCCCAAACUCACACCUAUACCCGGCGCCAUAAACUCUCUGCCCACUGUCCUCAACUCAAAUGUGGUCAAAAUGGAGGGUAGAGUCCUCUCAAACUGUUCAUCCACAGCUGCCUCCAUCCCCAGCUCUAUCCUCAGCUCCUUGCCGACAGUGGUGAAGCUGGAGGACGUGACUGUCUCUCCUGGCAAGCCACUCCAGCUACAGCCCCAAAUUCAGCCUCAGGCCCAACUCCUCACCCAGAUCCAGCCCCAGGCCCAGCCCCAAGCCACCUCCAGCCCACAGCUAGUUUCUCAGACGCAGAUGGUUUCCCAGCCCCAGAGAAGUCCCAAACUCCAGCCCCAGUCCCAGCAGGCCGCCCCCAGCCUGCAGCAGUUCUUUAUCAGCCACCAGGGCGGGGUGUCCCACGUGCUAGGACAGCCCCAGACCCUACUGACCUCACCGCGACAGCCUCAGACUCUGCUGACCACCACCGGCCAACCUGGGACUCAGAUCCUGGUCCCGGUGUCUCUGCCCAGCAGCGCUACCACCAUCCAGCUGCCAACCACCACUGUCAGCCUGCAGCCUGUUUUACAGGCUGCGGGGUCAAAUCCAGCCCCAGGCCUUGUUCAAGCCUCAGUUUCCCAGCUGCCAAGCACCAAGAUGGAGACGGCACCCACCCAGCAGUUAGCCAACCACAACCCGCUACUACAGACUUUGACAGUGUGCAAUAACAAUCCCACUGGUGUGGAGAACCAGACCAGGCCUGAGAAGAGUCCCCAGUGUUUCCUGAGCUCCCCAGACAACAAGGUUUCUCCACGGGCCUCACCCAACCACACCCUCUCCAAUGGACCCCUGCAGAAGUCUCCCUCUCCUUCCCAGCCCACCUUCAUCCUCCAGCCCACCUCCCUGGUCACCCAGCCUCCCAAAACCAGAGAGCCCCCCCGCUACGAGGAGGCCGUAAAACAGACCCGCAAUCAGCAGGUCAACAACAUUUCACAGUUUCCCACGGCAACCAGCCAGCAAAUGGAUGACUUGUUCGACAUCCUCAUAGAGAGUGGAGAAAUCACCCCAUUUAUCCAGCAGGAACUUCCAGCGUCUCUCCCUAAAACCCUACCCGUCACGGCCAACAUCACCACUCUGCCGGUCAGCACUGCCCUGUCCCGGCCGCCUCCGCAGAUCCAGCUGGCCCCUCUGCCCACCCUGAGCCCCGCAGCAGACCCCAGCCUGCCCAGCCUCUCCUCACUGGCCACCGAUAACCAGUUAGAGGCUUUUCUGGAGGGGACGCUGGCCGGGACCUCCCCGGCGUCGGACCCCCGCACCCUGUGCCUGAUGGAGGAGCUGCAGGCUCAGCUGAUGGACCAGCAACCCUACUCCCCCAUGGACACGUCGGAGCUGUCCUUCUGUGAUUCGUCCUCGCCCCCAUCCUCUAUCAACAUGGGCCUGUCCGACCCGGCCCUGGACAACAUGGAGUGGCUGGACCUCACCAUGCCUCCAGGUCCCGCAGGGGCACUCACACCACUGGGGAUGCCAGCGGACCUCCUGGAUACUCACGACCUGCAGCUGCACUGGGACUGAAGGACAGAUGGGCAGAUGGAUGGAUGGAUGGAUGGAUGAAAAGGCAAAAGGAAGCAUGGAGGUUAGCAGCUGAUCCAGGACAGAGGGAUGGAUGGAAGAAGAGAGGGAAAUGAAUGGUUAGAAAGGUGUUAGGGAGAAUCAGAACCAGUAUCUCUUUUGUGGAGGAAAAAUGGCAUUUCUGUGCCAUAUCUCUUUUAGUAGUAUCCAUACAGUAUAGUCUUUAAUACUCCCACUAUACUACAGCAUGGGCCACGAAUUAGGCAGUGCACUGAUUCAAAUUUAACUACAGGCAAGAAUUUGCACAGCUUUAGUUGAGGAAAAAAAAAAAAAAAAAAGGUUGUAUUACGGCUGAGGAAAAUAUCAUAAUGAUCAUAGUCACACACAGGAAUUGUGUUAAAGGGAUUUUAAACAAGGAGUAGACUUUUACAAUGUCAUGAUUUUAGUGAUGAGGAGACCGAGCCAAAUGAAUAUGUAAAUACUGUUAAAACCACAACUGUAAAACUUUACUUUGACAAGGAUAGGAUAGUCUGAAUAUUAGGGGUAGCUGAGAUUGCCCGAUUGUUUCUACUAGAGGUUUGGCUGGUGUUGAGAAAAGCACACAAGCCUGGCCUGGACAGUUGAAGACUGAAUCUGUGUUAUAAUGUUUGCACAGUAGUAAAAGGUGUAGAGAUCCUCUUGAAAAACUGCAGGGUCUGGACCUAGUUGAUAGCCAUUGCUCCUUCGAAGCAUACUGUGCCAUACUAGGUUAUAAAAGCUGGUGGGCUCAACAAAACAAUUCUGUGCCACUCUGAAAAGUUUGCAGACUUAUUAAGCCUCGCGCUGGACUAGAAAACCAGAGGGAAUGGAUCGAGGGCUGGAUUCCCACAGGAGAUGAGCUCCAGUCUAGGAUUAGACUUUAAUGUGUGUGUGGGACAUCAGUGCUUUAUAGCUUCAUGAUGUCUCCACAGCCUCAGCCGCUGACUGACUGGCCUGGGGAAGCACCGGCUUCCAGUCCAAGUGCUGUCACUCUUUGAGAAGUUGUUAGAGCCUGUUUGGAGUUGGAGUGCUGGACAGGAGCGUCUGCAGACUGGGGUACAGCCGGAGCAGUCAGUUCCCUUUACAAUUCAAAACCAGACGCACUUAGUCAAACACUAAGAAGUAUUCUAAAGGGAUUCCUCAACCAAGACAUUUAUCUGAAAAGAGGUUGAGCCUCAGUUCACACUGGUCCUCUCACUACAGAAUAGAGCGUAGAUUAUAGUCUGUUGUUCUUGACUAGUCUGAUACAUUGCAUCAGAUGAGACUCUUUUGUUCUGACCUAUCAUGGCCCUUUGGUCAAACUGAUGAACCAGUGAACUGACUCUAGGAAUAAAGACUCGCCUCCGGUCAAGUGACGACUGGAGGAUGCUCCUUCAUUUCUGUGAGAGCUAUGCACUAAAGAGGCGGAGAAAUCUGAUGACAGCGCCUCAUUCACCUCAGAACAAGAAAAUGUGAACUUAUCCAAGGUGAUUUGUUGAAACGAAAUGAUCGACACGAUCAUGAUCAGCGUUAAUGAUCUAAUUUUGACCAUGUGGCCAAUUGCUGGCUCCUUCGCUCCAGAGAUCCUGCAGUUAUUGUCCAAGUUAUUAUGAAUGUAUCUUCAAACUGAUCAAAAAAAUAAGACUUUACUUACAAUUUUGGCAGCUUUUUUUUCUUGUGAUAGAAAACUGACAUACAACAGUGGCAAGGGAACAAAAUGCCAGUGUAUGAGGCAUGCAGGCACACAUCGAUAACAGAUGUGAACUGCUUGCACGCUGCAGAGAUUACAAAUUAUAGCGAGGCAUAAUGAUGUCUUUAGAGAGGGUGUGCUUUAUAUCUAGCUGUCCUAAAAGUAUUUCUGCACUUUGUGUCUGUAAGGGUGGGAAAUUACUUUAUUACUAGCCACAGAACAAAUGGUGGUUAAAUUUUGCCUGUGGCUGAGAAGUUAGCCUGCUCCAUCAGCCUCUUUAGCAGGUAAGCAGCUAUCAUUUGGAGGUCUUAUUCUAGUCUAGGAACAAAAUUUGGCUGGGGUAAUUGUCUAUGUGGCUGAUAAAUUUUGGGUUGCACCAGCCACUGUGGCCUGUUGAAAGAGAAAUUAGUUUCCUGCCCUUGUAAUUGUGUGUGAGAGAGUGAGAAUGUGGGCAAGUAAGCAUGGUGAUUUAUGUGCGUACGUGUGAAUUUGUCCUCCUGUCUUUUUUGCAUGUACAUCUGUGUACGUGUCUCCGUGUGCAUGAUUGUGUUCAUGUUUAAUCUUCGGGCUAUUUUGGGGCGGCAGGCUCUUUUUCAGCUGUCUCCCACAAGUUGUCUGAAGAUAUUCAGUUAAAUUUAUUAAUAUCGAUAAAACCAAAUCAUUUGCUGUCCAGUUGACAUAUUCAGAACCUUACUUUUUAAAAAUGCUUCUGACGACUGUUUUUAUCUGUAUUGUUUGGUUGGUGUUAUACAGUCAAAGCGCACAGAAACCUUUUUUGGUUUGAUUGAUGCAGUGAGGCGUGAGAGUAAAGAGAGCAUAGCUUUUUAUAAAGCUGACGUGGUUUAGAGGUUUAUUUUGAUGGAUUGUACCUUUUAAAGUUAUAUUCUUUAGUCAACUCUAUGCCAUGUCAAACCUAAAUAUUGAGUUCUGAUAAAGUAUCUUAGUCCAGAUAUUCUGGUCAAUACUGUAUGGGAUUGGUACAGAAUUACUGUAUAGCACUUUGGAAUACUAUGGAUUUUUUAAAAUUCUCAUUUUUAAUCAGUUAAUCCUUAAUGAAAGCUCAUCUACAUUUGACCACUUGGGUUAUGUUAUCAUGUCCAUGGGCACUAGAGGGCGACACCUCUGAUUGUUCUGUCGUGGCUUGUGGCACAUUUUCAGUGACAGCUUUGGUAUUUCAGGGUCAUUUCUAUCAACAAAAAGUUAAAACGAGACUGUUAUUCUGCAUUUUGAUAACAAAAUGUCUCUGAUUGUAAAAUGCAGACGUGCUGCUCAUAUUGGCAAUACUUAAGGGCGACAUAAGCACAUAGAUCCCUGGUUUUUGAUUGGAUGUUGAAAAAUGCAGGGCCCUUGCAGUCAUUACUGUCUGACAAAGAAGUAUGGUGCUUUUGUUGCCGCAAUUACACUUUAAUCAUCAGAUCAGGCCAAAACACAUUAGCUGGGCAAGUCUGAAUGUCCCCAGAUAGGAUCUCGCUUGCAUUGUGAUCCAAUGAGCUUGACCACCUGAAGGAAUAAUGCCAAAUACUGCACAUACUGUACAACGUGUACCAUCAAAGGCUUGUGUUGUGUUGUCUGCUUCUGAGCUUUGUUGUAUAUCAGUUUUUUGUUCUAAAUUGCUGCAAGAGGAUUUGUUUGUUUUUUCUUCUUUUUUUUAAAUCCAAUUUAAGAUGGACAGCAAGGGUCAGUUAUUGAUUCUUGCUUAUCAUUUUCUAGAGGAGAUCUUUUAAUAGGUUUUUUUAAAGUCUGUCCGCUUUAGUGCUAUCAAAGUAGAUAUUUUGUUGCCAAAAGCGGCAGUGGAACAUAUUAUCACCAUAAGUAUCUUUUAAUGUCACACUUUGUUUUUCUAUUUAUCACUUUUUUGGAAGGUGUGUAUAAAAAAAUACAGUUAAUCUUUUUUUCAGCAUAUUAUGUAAAAUCUGUAUAAGAAAGUUUUCAUCUGUAUAUCUUUGGUUUGCAGAGUUUUUAAAUUUUUUAUUUUUACUUUUCAUAUCAGACAUACAGAAACCUCUUGAGCACAGUGAAUCUACAUACUUACAUGCUUUGUAUCAUUUUAGAACUGACUUCCUCUCGAUCAUGUGACACUUCUUACCAUUGGCCACCGUGGUUACUGAUUGGCCAGACAGGGACAGCUAAAAGCAAUAAGUGUAAUGGCUGCUCUCCUUUUGAUAUACUGUACUGUAUGUCAGAUCCUGCCUUGAUUUUUAACAUAAGAGCCUUUGUUACAAAGUAAUACAACAGUUUAUAAGUUGUUCCAGUCAAAGCACUUCAUAUCUGAGCGGUUCAUAUCUCUAAAGGGUUAAUACAAUAACCCUGAUAUGUUAGAGGUUUGUGGAGGUGCCGUCAGAGUUCACGGGCCCUGUAUGAAGGGGUUCCUCAGGGAACCUUCUGGGGUUCCCUUAUGUUUGCAAUCAGAAGAACCCCUAAAGGUUCCUCAAAUUUUUUUCUGCCAGUUCCUUACUCAUCAGAGUGUAAGAAGCUGACAGAGUGACGUGGGCUUUCCCACUGUAUUUGACUUCAGCUCUUCUGAUCCUGCUAGUUCUCAUUCUCCUGAGCAGUUUAUCGUUCACCUCAACGCGGACGAGCUGAAUCUCAGAACUCUGUACACAAUGUCUCUUCAAAGUAGAUGCAGAGAUCCACAGAAACUAAACUAGUAGAAGCAGAGAGGAGGCAUCGAGGUCGUUCUUUGUCAUGUCAGCUGAUCAACAUCUGUUGUAGCGGCGUCUCCUCCCUCUCCCUCUUCUCAUGCCACUACCCAUGCCAUGCCUCUUGUUUGUACGCCAUAUGUUUUGCACAUUGUGUACAUAUUUAUAUAGAUGUAAUGCAUAUUUUUAUACAUGUGUAACACAUCCAUGGGCUCUCUCUAUUUUGUAAAUACUCAAAAGAUGUACAAAGUACUGUAUGCCUUUAUGUGUCAAUAAAAUUUGGUGUACUGUGAA